AUGUCCACCCCGGAUACUGGCAAUGGCGCCGGCACGGGCGCCACAGUGCCGGUCGCUGUGAGAGAUGCCUCGGCAGACAUGGGCUCCUCCUCCUCCUCGUCGUCCUCCUCCUCCUCCUUCCUCAACCUCUCCCACCUCGCCGAUAACCCCAUGUUCGCCGGCGGCAUCGGGCUCGCGGGCCUCGGCGCCGCCGCCGCCCUCGCCCGCCGCGGCGUCGUCUCGGGCGCCCAGGUCCUGCGCCGCCGCCUCCUCGUCAACGUCGAGAUCAGCCGCCGCGACCCUUCCUACCCCUGGGUGCUCGCCUGGCUCUCCCUGCCCCGCGAGUCCCAGGGCUUCCUGGCCUCGCGCCUGACCCGCAUCCACAACCUGUCCGUCGCCACGGCCACGGCCAGCGCGACCGCCAACGCCUCGAGGCACCAUCACCACGACUCGGGCUCUGCGGCCGACGGCCCCACCCACGCCUCCUUCUUCCUGCAGCCCGGCUACGGGCGCCACCUGAUCCGCCACCGGGCGGGCGUCUACAUCGCCGUCAACCGCGAGAAGCAGAGCUCGAGCAACAUGACGACGGGCGAGCCGCACGAGACGGUCACGCUGACGGCGCUCUGGGCGCACCGCCACGUCUUCGAGGAGGUCUUCCUCGAGGCGCGCGCCCUCGCCGCCCGCGCCAACGAGGGCAAGACGGCCGUCUACAGCGUGCAGGGCAUGGGCUGGGGCCCGCUCGGCGAGCCGCGCAAGAAGCGGCCCCUCGGGUCCGUCAUCCUCGACGAGGGCGUCAAGGAGGCCGUCGUCGCCGACGUGCGCGACUUCCUCGACCGCCAGCAGUGGUACGUCGACCGGGGCAUCCCCUACCGCAGGGGCUACCUGCUCUACGGCCCGCCCGGCUCCGGAAAGACGUCCUUCAUCCAGGCCCUCGCCGGCGAGCUCGACUACAGCCUCGCCAUGAUCAACCUGAGCGAGGUCGGCGUCACCGACGACAAGCUGGCCAUGCUGCUCAUGAACGUGCCCCGGCGCAGCAUCCUGCUGCUCGAGGACGCCGACGCCGCCUUCGUCAACCGCCGCCAGCGCGACCCGGACGGCUACUCGGGCGGCACCGUGACCUUCUCGGGCCUGCUCAACGCGCUCGACGGCGUCGCCGCGGGGGAGGAGCGCAUCGCCUUCCUGACGACCAACCACAUCGACCGGCUCGACCCGGCGCUCAUCCGGCCGGGCCGCGUCGACAUGAUGCUGCGCAUCGGCGAGGCGACGCGCUACCAGGCCGCGCAGAUGUGGGGGCGCUUCUACGGCGACGUCGACGCCGACGGAACGGGGUGCGCGCGGUUCCUGGCCCGGCUCGAGGAGCUGGGGCUGAUCGAGGGCCCGAGGCCCGAGGACGUGCCGAGGCGGCACACGAGCACCGCGGCGAUCCAGGGCCUGUUCCUGUUCAACAAGAGCGAUAUGGAGGGCGCGAUCCGCAUGGCCGAGGGCCUGAUCCCGCGGCAGUUUGAGCCCGAGACGCCCGGGCCGGAGGCGACCAUACGGACUAAGGCGUAG